UUGGAUUCGAUGGGUAGCAGCUCGUUCAUUGUUUGGUAUCAUGCUUGUACUUUUACAUCUUUCUUAACUCGAGACUUUACUUAUAUAUUUUACUCAGGUUUAGGUUGUGGCCUGGCUGCUAAUGUGAGUGGUGUGGCUCCCAGCAACUACUUCAAAAAGAGACUCCCAGUGGCGUACGGUAUCUGCAUGUCUGGAGGUGCAUUAGGACUACUUGUAGUCGGUCCAUUAACGGUAUUUCUGUUGGAAGUGUAUACCCUGUCCGGAACGCUGCUAAUUUUGGGUGCCAUCGGAUUCCAUGUAUGCUUAGCCGGAGCUCUGCUUAGACCAUCGUCUACACUGAUGCUUGAGAUAGCAGUUUCAGAAGAUGACACUGAUAGUUGUGUAGAUGUACCACAAGGACCUGCUGAGUGUGUAGAUGUACCACAAGGACCUGCUGUGUGUAGAGAUACCCCACAAGGAUGUGCUCAGUGUGUAGAUGUACCACGAGGACCUGAACAUCUAUGUGCACAGAGUGAGACAAUUGUUACUCUUUCCCACCAGGAAGAUGACGGACAUAUCUUCUUGUCAACAGAUAAUAAUGAUGACACUGACGCACGCACUCCCUACUCUGGUACUUCGAAAGAAAACAAUUCAGGGACAGAAAAUGCAGCUGUUGUACCUCUGCUGGAACAGAACUCACCUUCGUCAAAGACACAUUCACGGUGCAGGACAAUAAGAGAACGUGUAGCUUCAUAUGGCGCAAAUGGAUUCUUCCUUUACCUCCUCAGUGCCCUAUUUUGGUCUCUUUCUGACGCUACCUGCAUGGUUCAUCUACCAAAUUAUGCUGAAUUAAAAGGUAGUACACCGGCACAGGCCGCGAGUCUGUUUACAGGAAUGGGCAUAGCUGCUCUUUUCUCUGGAUUGCUUACUGGCUUGGCCUCAUCUGAUAAAGCUAUUGGCAGCUUACUACUUCAUGUUGGAUUUGAAGGAAUGUGUGGGGUGUCUGCAGUGCUACUCCCCGUGCUAUCAGAUACAUAUCAUCUCCAAAUGGUUGCCUGUGUGUUAUAUGGUAUAUAUAGCCAAGGACCAUAUACGUUAGUAAGUCCUAUAUGCAUUGAACUGAUAGGGCGAUCUAAACUGGCUGUUGCAUAUGGAAUAUGGGCUUUUGUCUUAGGAAUCGGCUUAUUGUUUGGGCCACCUAUUGCAAGUCUAAUAUACGAAAACAGCGGAGAUUAUGACUACACGUUUCUUUUUGCGGGAUGCUGCAAUCUCACCAGUGCCGUCUUCGCCAUGUGUAUACCUCUGUUCAAAAAGGAUAUAUGAGUGUGCAUCGUGUGUGUGUGCGUGCGUUCGUGCGUGCGUGCGUGUGUGCAGUAAUGGGACGGAACUGAAACUCUUAGGAUGCA